UAAUGGUGAACUUCUGUUUUACUAGAUUAGGAAAUUUUAUAAAUUACAUUAUGAUGUAAGCCAGUUUCAUUGAACUCAAUUUGUCUCUGUUUAUAGUUAAAAUAAGUUUAUUUUUUAAUUAAAAAAAAAUGUUAAACUUAAGUUACAAUGAAAUGUCAAACGCAUGGAAUAAUUUAGAUGAAGUUGAAGAUUCAAGACCAGUUUUUAAAAAUGAUUUAGUUUUGUCAUGGAAACAACUUAGUGUAACUGUCAAGAAAAAAACCCCUAGAUUAUUUGGAGCCAGUAAAGUUGUAUACAAAAAAAUACUAAGUAAUGUAAGUGGUAAUGUUGAAUGUGGUACAUUAUUGGGAAUAAUGGGUCCAAGUGGCUCUGGAAAAACAACAUUAAUGGCAACAAUAAGUCAUCGAACUAAAGGAAAUUUUAAAGGAGAGCUUUUUCUUAAUGGUAGACCUGUAUCUGAAAGGGUCAUGAUUAAAAUAUCAGGAUUUGUCGCACAAGAAGAUAUAAGUUUUGAUAAGUUGACUGCGUUUGAACAAUUAAACUUCAUGGCUAAAUUUAAAAUGGAUCGCUUUGCCAAUGAAAAAGUUAUUCAAGGAAGAAUUAAUUAUCUUGUAAAGAAUCUUGGUUUAUCAACAUUUCUUUAUACUAGACUAGAUUUUUUAUCUGGUGGAGAGCGAAAAAAAAUUGCAUUAGCAGUACAACUUUUAAAUGAUCCACCUAUCCUUUUUUGUGAUGAAAUAACAACUGGCUUAGAUAGUUACUCAGCUACACAUAUUAUAAAUACAUUAAGGAAAGUGGCAUAUUCUGGGAAAAUUGUAAUAUGCACAAUACAUCAACCCGCUUCUGGUAUUUUUGAUAAAUUUCAUGAAGUAGUUUUACUGACAAAUGGGAGGUUAGCUUAUCAAGGACCUGUGUCUUUAGUUAAUGAAUUGUUUAAAAAGUAUAACUAUGUAUGUCCAAAUACAUAUAAUAAAGCAGAUUUCAUUAUAUCUAUUUUAAACUCAAAUGACACACAAGAUAAGUAUAAUGUUGAUGAAAUGUGUAAUUUAUCAUCAACAGUAUCACAAAUGAAUAUGAAGUAUAAUUUAUUUAAUAAAGAUGUACAAUUUGAGUAUGAGCACCAUUUAGAAUCAAUAAAACCUCUUUGGAUAACUCAACUAUUGUUUCUUUUAUAUCGAUCUGUCUUAUGUUUUAUACGUAAUUACAAAAACAAAUUAUUAGAAUUUGGAAUAUUCAUGUAUCUAGCAGUCAUAACUGCUAUACCUUAUAGUAAUUUAAAAUUUGAUACAAAAGCAGUUCAAAAUUGGCAAGGUUUUUGGUUUUGUUUAGUAAUCAAUUCUAUAUUUCAUGCUAGCUAUGGUGCAAUGUAUGCUCACAAUGAAAAUUUUUCAAUUGUUCAUAGAGAAAUCAGUAAUAAAUUAUACUCAUUAAGUGCCUAUUAUGUUGCUGAAAUAAUAAUAAUGGUUAUUUGGGCUACUAUUCAAACAUUAGCCUACAGUAUUUUAGUUUUUUGGGUGGUCGGUGUGAAAUGGGUAUAUCUUCAAUUAUUUAUUCUUGUACUCAUACUACUGACUGCUAGAUCAUAUGGAAGUUUAAUGUCUGCUUUCUUUGCUGAUAUAGAAAAAGCAAUUACUGUGUCUCUAGCUUAUGACUAUUUUUCCUUGCCUCUCAGUGGUGCCUACAUUUCAUUUGGAUCAUUACCAAAAUUGUUGGUUUAUUUUAAAUAUUUGUCAUUAUUUUAUCUUGGCUGUGAAUCUUUAUCAAUCGUACAAUGGGAAAAAGUUAACUCUAUUCCUUGUAUUGAUUCUCAUAGUUGUUUGGAUAACGGACAAGCAGUACUAAAUCAUUAUGGUUUUGUCAGUGAAAAUUUAUAUAUGGAUAUAGUAAUAUUAUUAAUAAUUACAAUCAUUGCAAAUAUUUUAGCAUAUUUUGGUAUACUUUUAAGAAUCAAAAAACAGCCUCCAUAUUAGAUAGAUAAAAAAAUUGAACAUUUUUAUUUAUUAAAUAAUAUUGAUAAUAUUUUUUACAAAUUAUUAUAUUAAAAAAAAAGAAUAUACCGUAUGCAACUGAUCUAACCGACGAGUCUUAAAUUUUUUGAUACAAUUAUUAUUUUGCAGUAUUUUUUUUUUUUAAUUUUAAAUUAUUUGUUUUUAAUAAAGUUAUAUAAAAAAAUAAAAGAAAGGUAAUUUUUAUAUUUUGUAAAAAAUUUUAAAUAACCAUUUUGUAAAUUAUCCCCUUUAAAUACUUGCUGUAUUCAAUCAUACUAUUUACUCACUUUACAUAUUUAAAAACUUAGUAAGCAAUUUACAUGAAAUUUUUAUCGACCUAUUAAAAUUUUU